UACUUUUGUUUCCCUUAUAGGUACCGCUGAAGUACCUGCUUUCCACCACUUUCCUCGUUUAACCUUCCCUUGGGGUCAGCUGGUCAUCAGCAUGCCUUCUACCGACAACACCUCAAAACUUUUGCUGGUCCUCGUUUCAUUGCUGCUGGCACUGCCAGUAGUUGAAGCUCUGGACACAGGAGAUGUCAUUGCCUUCCUAUUAGGCCUUGCUGUUAGUGUCAUCGGAUUCUGUGCCUGCCUUGGGUUGUACGCAAGGAAAAGGAAUGGGCAGCAAUGACUCCAAGAAGAUGCUCAGAUUAAGUGAAUUUUCAAUGUGGUUUGGGGUUGAGAUGUGGGGUGUAAAACUGAGCUUCCUUUCUGGAUAAUGUCCAAAAAACAUGUAGUAGUUAUUUUUACAAACCCCUCUCGCUGUGCAGUACAACAGAUUCAAUAACUGUACCCAGUAAAAGGGAUUUGUACGAUCUGUCCUUGUGACAAUAAGAUGAUUUUUAUACUGCUUGCAAUUAAAUACUGCCUUAGAGAAAGGGUAAAAACUUUUCUGGAUGGGGAAGGAAAACCACAGAGUGGUUCAUACUAAAUAUCUAUAAAUGCAACGUGUGAGGGAGACUGUCAAAAAUUUCCACAUGUUGGUUUCAAGGAUUGAUCAGGAGGAAGCAACUAUUAAUCUGCCAGUCAUGAUAACAGAGAUUUGGAAGUACUCCUAACUAACUAGUAAGCAGACUGGUUUUUUUCUUGUCUGCACAUACUCAUAUUCUUUAUAGUGACAGAUAACACCUAACUGCUCAUCUUUGCUGUCAUGGGGAUGAGACUUUAGAGAACUAAGAAAAUAUGGAAAUGUUUUUUUCCUUACCUAUUUUAUUUUCCUGUAGCCUGUGUUGUUGUUACUAAGUAGACAUGCUUAAGAAUGGGACCCCUAUUUUUGUUUAAUGUGUAUUUCACAGAAAAGUACAUGUAAGGUUACAUAAAUCAGAUUAGGGAUAUGUUUUUUGUCUUUUUUU